AUGGAGGGCGAGGAGGAUGGGGCUGGGCGUGUCCGAGAGCUUCAGGAGCAGAGGAUGAUUGUUCAAAAGAAAACUUUCACCAAGUGGAUCAACAGUGUCUUCUCCAAGAACCAGGAGAAGGCCGAUCUGACAGACGUGUACACAGAGCUGAAGAGUGGAGUGGUUCUGAUUCGCCUGCUGGAGCUUAUCUCCGGCAAGGCCCUGGCGCCGCCCAGCCGGCGCAGACUCAGGGUCCACUUCCUGGAGAACAAUGGCGUUGCCAUUAACUUCCUGAGAAGCAAGGUUCGAGUGGACUCCAUCGGUCCUGAAAACGUGGUGGAUGGUGACCGCACGCUGAUCCUGGGUCUGCUGUGGAUCAUCAUCCUCAGGUUCCAGAUUGGAAACAUCAACCUGCUGGAACAGGGCUCGGGCUCGAGCAACGUCCACGUAUCGGCAAAAGAAGCUUUGUUGAUUUGGUGCCAGAGGAAAACAUCGGGUUACGCUGGAGUCAACGUCCAGGAUUUCUCUUCCAGCUGGAGAGACGGACUGGCCUUCAACGCACUGAUACAUGCGCACAGACCCGACCUGCUGGACUUCGCCAGUCUCCGUGGUGACGACCCCCGCUUUAACCUCCGGCAAGCGUUCGGCGUGGCAGAGCGCUCGCUGGGCAUCAUGCAGCUGCUGGAGGCGGAUGACAUCAUGGUGGCACGACCCGACGAAAAGUCCAUCAUGACAUACGUGUCGCUCUUCUACCACCACUUUUCAAGGAUCAAACACGAGCAGACCGGACAGAAGAGGAUCGCCAAGAUCGUGGGCAUGCUGAUGGAUCUGGAUGCUAUGAAAAUCCGCUAUGAUAAAUUGGUGUCCGAGCUACUGCGCUGGAUCCAAGUGACUGUACUGCGCCUCAAUGACAGAACUUUUCCCAACUCUGUGAAGGAGCUUCAGAUCCUGAUGGGAGAUUUCAAGACCUACAGGACGGAGGAGAAACCACCCAAAUAUCAGGAACGUGGAGCCAUCGAAGCUCUUUUGUUCAGUCUGAAGACUCAACUGGCUGCUAACAACCAGAGAGCCUAUGCGCCAUCGGAAGGCAAAACCCUCAGAGACAUCGAAAAAGGAUGGCUACUUUUAGAGAAAGCAGAACAUGAGCGCGAAGGAGCCCUACAGGGAGCGCUCCUGCGCUUGGAAAGCCUGGAGCAGCUGGCCCAGAGGUUUGGCAGAAAGGCAACCCUGAGAGAAACCUACUUGGAGGACACCAGGCACCUGAUCCGCCAGCAGAAUUUUGACAGCCUGAGCACCUUGGAGGAGGCGCAGGUGGCUAUCAGGCGUCUGGAGGCGCUUGCCACCGAUGCACAGGCCAGGGAGCCUCGUUUCCACGCCCUGCAAGACAUGGCCGACGCCAUCCAGAGAGGAAACUACCACGGCAAGGAACUUGUCAACAGGAGGGCGGAGAAGAUUAGAAGUGGAUGGAAGGAUAUUCUGAAGCAGCUGCAAGAGCAGAAGGAGAUGCUGGGAAGUGUCGUCUCAACUUUCAGUGUCCUCAGAGAUAUUGACGUCUUCUCCCAGGAACUCAAAGAGCUUCACGUCCAGGCUUCCUCUUCUGAGUUCGGCAAACAAUUGACAGAGACGGAUUCUCUUCUCAAGAAGCACCGCCUCCUGGAAGCACAAAUCUCAACCCAUGGCGAGACCAUCAGCACCAUCGGCAGCACGGCCCUCAAAGGAAACUCAAGGGACAUUCACAAAAUCGAAAGCAGAGGGAGAGCUCUGCAUAGCCAGUAUAUGGCUUUAGUGUCACACAGCACCAACAGAACGCGUCGUCUGGAGGCCAUGUUGGCACUCUUUGAGUUCUUCCACAACUGUGAAGAGUUGGAGGUGGGGCUCGAUGAGUGCCGGACACAGCUUCAGGCUGCUUCGCUCGGACGGGACGUUGAUCACGUGAUGCUGACGCUGCACAGACACAAGGCAUUGGAGGUGGAACUUCAUGCUCAGGGGCCCGUGUAUCAUCGCGUCUUGCGUGAAGGGGAGAAUGUCAGCACUGAGCAGAGUGCAGAGGACCAGCGAUACAUUGGCAAACGCAUAAAAUAUUUGGCCAAACUCUGGAUGCAAGUCAAUGCAGAUGCCAGUGCUCAAAGACAGAGACUGGACGCCGCCUUAGCCAUCAAACAGUACUUUGCGGAUGUGGAGGAGGCAAACUCCUGGCUGACCGUCAAAAAAGCGCUGCUGACCAGUGAGGACUACGGGAAGGAUGAAUCCAGCUCAACAGCUUUGCUCCAGCGCCACUUGCACCUUGAAAAACAGAUGAAAGCCUAUGGUGCUGAGAUGAAGAGGCUGGCAGAGCAGGCCAGAAGUGCCGCAGGAUUCACGGCACUCACUGUGGAACCCCAGUCGAGUCAGGUGGUCGAAUCCAGUGACUCUUCAGACGAGGGGGGACCACAGGGGACAUCGUCGCCCCCCAGAGCUACAAGUGGGACUGGUUCUGUACCCCAGGAAGUCAAGGCCAAGGUUCGGUUCAAAUACAUCCGAGGUGACUUUCCAUUGGAUCGGAAUGAGACUGUCACGAUCAUUAGGACUGACACUAAUCAUGACAAAGUUAUGAUCAGAGAUGUCCGAGGAAACCAGCAACUGAUCCCCAACACGUACCUGACAUUUGCGCCAGCUCCGGCUCCUUCCAACUCACCAGCUUCAACCAAUGGUAUAGUAAACAUCCAGGGGAGGAGGUUUAUCCGUCUGAGUCGCCGUCGUUCGACCUAUCACAGCACCAGUGAGAUUCAAACUCCAUGGGCCCCAGACCCUCAGUAUCAGAGAGCCACGGUAGAGAUGACUCAGGCCCAACUGGAUGAGGACUAUAUGUCCAUGUGCAAUCUCUUGGAGUCUAAGGUUAAGAUUCUGGAGGAGAUGGUGCUCCUGCAUCGUUUCUAUGGCCGUUGCCAGGAGUUUGAGUGGUGGAUAGAUGACAAGGAGAGCAACCUGGAUAAUUUCAACACACACCUCAAAGACCUCCAUAUACUCCAAGCCAAAUAUGAGAACUUUGUGACUGAAAUGAUGAGUGGGCAUGGCCAGUUGGAUGACAUUACCAAGACUGCACAGGAGCUGGUGAGGAACAGACAUGGUAAACACAAAGACAUCCAGAGAUGCCUUAGCAGCCUUAACACCAGAUGGGAAAGUCUCCAGCGGCGCAAGCAUGAAAAGGCUCGCGAGGUGCUGAGCAUGGCUGACAUGCGCUUCCUCCUGCAGCAAGUCCAGGAUGUAAGGACACAGUUGGCCCAUCUCGAGCAGCUGGAACCCGUAAACAUGAACAUGGCAGGCAGUGGAGGUAGUUUAUUUGCACUGCGGGCUGGUGAGAAUCAGCAAGCAAGCACCCAGCGAAAUAUCAACACCCUGGAAGGCAGGAUCGCUUACUUGAAGGACCUCGCCAAUGGGAAGCAGGAAUGCAGUCCAGCAGAGAGUGCGGCUAUCAUAGAGGAGGUGCGAGGUCUAGAGAUGCUCCUGAAGCAGGUGAAGGUUCGAGCCAUAGAGUACCAGCGGGACCUAGAGGAGGCCCGACUGCUUCAGCACUUCCAGCAACAGACCAAGGAAAUGCAGCAUUGGUUGGUGGCCUACCAGGAGGCCCUGCUGCGGAAUGGGGCGGUGACCGAUGUGGCCUCAGCUGUAGCCAGGCUGGAGGAGCAUGAAGAGCUUUGGAUAGAAAUGGAGGAGCACAGGAGGAGAAUGAAAGAGACAGAGACGUUGGGCGAGUCUCUUCUUGGUUCCUCUGACAGAAAGCUUGACACAGUCGACAUCCAGUAUAUGCUUGCGGACCUGAGAGCUGAUUGGUCCAAACUGGAGCAUCUGUGGACCAAUAGGAAGAAGCACUUGGAGCAGCAGGUGGCGCUACAGAGACUCAACCAGGAGGGCGACCGCAUUGAGGCUGCAAUGACCGGACACAGGGCGAGGCUUGGGCUAAAAGAUGUCGGGGACUCGUUAGACGCUGUACAAAGUCUGCUGGGUCGUCAUGAGGAUCUGGAAGUUGUGCUGAAGGCUUUGGAGCAACGUGUGGAUCUUUUCACCAAACGCAGCCAACAACUCAUUAGCCAGCAACACUACGCCGCCAUACAUAUCCAGCAGAGGAUAGGAAGCCUACAGAAAGCCAAAAGAAAGUUGAAGGAAAGUAGUGAUGAGAGGCAGAGUCAUCUGCAAGCCUCCAAGAAAUAUCAGGAGUUCCGGCAGGACGCCGAUGAGCUUUUGUUGUGGAUGGACGAGAAGUCUAAGAUGGCAGAGGAUGAGUCGUACCGCGAACCCACCAACAUCCUGUCUAAGCUCAAGAGGCAUGAGGCGGCUGAGAGGGAGAUGCAGGCCCACCAGGCAUGGAUGGAGAGACUGGUUCAGGUGGGGUCUGAUAUGCUGGAGGUGGAGCAUUUAGUUAGCAGCGACAUUACUAGGAUAUCAUCAGAGCUCACCAGCCGGUGGCGCCAUAUUCAGGUCAAAAUGGCUGAACGCGGCGAUAAGCUGAGACAGGCGGGGAAACAGGAACAACUCAUGGAGAUACUCAGGGAUGCCAAAGUCAAGAUGGAAUCCAUUCAGUGGACUCUCAGCAACGCCCCUCUUGGCCACGAUCGGCGGUCCAGCCAGCAGAUGCUCAAGGAACAUCAUGAGCUGGAGAAGGAUGCAAAAGAACUGGCAGAAAAGAUUAGCGCCAUCGUAGGCAGGGCAAAGAAUCUGGCGUCCAAUCACUCUGACUCACAGGGAAUCCUGAAGGAGACCGACACCUACUUAACCUUGUUCAUAUCCCUUCAGAAGCCACUGGAUAUUCGCCGGGAGCAACUCGAGGCAUUGGUGCAGCUCUAUGAGUUUUACUAUGAUGUGGAUCUAGAGCUAAGCUGGAUCUUGGAACACAGGCCUUCAUCGGUAUCAACAGCACAUAACUGGUCAUUGGUGGGAGCCACCAGCCUCAUGCAGAAGCACAAGGAGCUUCAGGCAGAGGUAAAUGCCCAUUCUCAGCACCUCAAAAACAUCCUGAAGAAAGGGCAACACCUGGCCAAGUCCAGCCAAUCAAACGCAGAAGAAGUUCUUCAAAGGUGCAGACAUCUGAGUGAUGAGUGGGGGAAACUUGAUGCAGAGUGCAGCCAGCGAGGAGCUCAUUUGAGCCAGGCCAUCACGAAAGCACAGUUGAUGCUGGACUGUUCCGAGCUGGAGGUCCGGCUAACAGAAACUUUGGACCUUCUUAACGUUGAUGAGCUGGGCAAGGAUUAUAUUGCCACACAGUCUCUACUCAGCAAGCAGCAGGUUCUUCAGGCCCAGCUGGAGGUUCUGCAAGUGGAGGUGGAUCAGAUCGAGGACCAGGUUGAGCAGGCGCUCCUCAACUGGGACCUGCAGGAGCUACACAUACCUGUGGGACAUCUGCAGGGACUGAAGCAUCAGCUGCUUCAAAAAGCGGCUCAUAGGGUUCAAAGAUUAAAGGAAGCUCUAGACCUGCACGAGUUCACACAAGAGGUCAAUGAGAUGGACGAGUGGUUGCAGCAGCAGCAGAAGAUGGCACAGUCCCAGGAUCUUGGUGCAGACUACCAACAUGUUGAGUUGCUCCUCAGGAAGUUUAAUGCAUUCCUGAAGCAACUUGAGUUGGCUGAGGAGCGGCUGGACUCAUGUGGCAAUCUGGGGACCCGACUCAUCGACAGCAAACACCCACAGAACAUCAUCAUUAGGGAAAAGCUACAGAACCUCCGUGAAUGCUGGGAGGACCUUAUAGAUGUGGCCAGGGAGCGUCAGAAGCAGCUGCUCAAGGCGGAGCGAUGUCACCGACUUCAUCUGGACCUGAGUGACGCUCUGACACUCAUUCAGGAGCGUCAGAAGAGUAUCCCGGACAACGUGGCCAAGGACUGGCGAGGAGCGAUGUCACAGCUCAGGAGGCACCAGGCUCUCCUGCAGGAGCUUGCUGCCGCUGAACAGCAGCUUCAAGAGCAGUUGGAUGUGGUGGAUGCGAUCUUGGACCACUGCUCACCUACACUGAAACGCCGUCUGCAGAAAGUGCAACAAGAAGUGGUGGAGAGGUGGGAGGAGCUCCGGAUCCACGCCGAAGGAAGGGAGCUGGUGCUAACGCUAGCGUGCCAGCAGUAUUUGUUCUUUAACACGGUCCAGGACUAUCUGCUGUGGUGUGGUCAGCUGACAGGUGCCAUGGCAGCCGAGGAGCGCAUCAGCAAUGUAGCAACAGCUGACCUCCAGUUAUCGCUGCACCAGCAGCUAUGGGCUGAGCUGGAGGCCCGUCAGGAAGUGUACCAGCAGGCUGUUGACAUGGGAGAGCAGCUACAACUGCAGGACACCAGGAACCGGAACCAGGUGCUGCAGAAACUGGACAUCCUGCAAGCCGAGCGAGAGAAGGUUCAGGACCAGUGGUGUCGCAAGCAAAGCUGGUUAGAGAAGAUGCGCCUGGAGCAGCUCUUCUACAGAGAUGUCAGCAGCAUGGACAAGACGUGCAGCUCGCAAGAGGUGAUGUUGAAGAACAGCACUCUGGGAGAGACGAUGGACGAGACAGAAGCUCUCAUCAAACAUCACGAAUCCUUUGAGAAACUGAUGUCAUCUCAGGAGGAAAAGGUGUCGUGCCUUAAGGACUUGGCCGCACGCCUCAACAAGACACUCAGCAGAGAGAAGAGUGGGCAGACCCAAAACCGGCUUAAAGUAUUCCUUCAGCGACGUGAAAGAAUCAAAGAGCUGUCCAUCAAGCGGAGGGAGGAGCUACAGUUGUCUUGGCUAAUGUGUGCCUUCAACAGAGAUGUCGCAGAGGCAGAGGAGUGGGUGAGUGAGCGGAUGGUCAAACUUUCUGAGGACGCAAAAGCUGACCUCAGCAACCUGCAGACCAAAAUGAAGCUGCUUCAAAAGCAUCAGGUGUUUGAGGCAGAGAUUCUGGCACAUGACCAGAUUAUCAGCGAUGUGCGUCAGGCGGCCGAGAAACUGGUGGUCCUCCGCCACCCGAGCUCGACCGAAGUGAGAAGGAUUGCCAAGACACUGGAGCGCCAUUGGGACCAACUCAAAUUAGCAGUGGCCACGAGAGGGAAUAUUCUGGAGGACAGCAGAGACUUCCUGGAGUUCUUGCAGAAGGUGGAGGAGGUGGAGGCCUGGAUCCGACAGAAGGAAGUCAUGGUCAAUAUGGGAGACAUGGGGAAGGAUUAUGAACACUGUUUGGAGCUUCUAAAGAAACUUGGCGAGUUCCAUGGAAAAGGACGCGUGGGGGUUACUAUUGAUGAUGCUCACAUCACAGCCAUGGACCGACUGGCAGCUCGGCUGGAAAAGCGGCAGAAUGUAGACGAAAUGCAGACCAUCAGACGGAGGAGACAGCAGCUCAAUGACAGGUGGAGUAAAUUCCAUGUGGACCUGAAUGACUACAAGAAGAAACUGGAGGGGGCCUUGGUGGUCCACGCGCUCAUCAGAGAACUGGAGAAUGUCCGCGACCGAGCCAGUGAGAAGAUGCUGCCUCUGUUAGAUCAUGACUGUGGAGUGGACGUGGAGAGCGUGGAGAACUUGAUCAGACGUCACAAGGAGACUGAGAGAGAGAGUAGGGUGAUCCAGGAGAGGUCCAAGGUUCUGGAGAAUGAUGUUUGCCAGCAGCUAAAGUUACGGUCAGUGAUGAGUGAAAAGCUGCAAGAAAAGCAGAAAGAACUUCAUAAAACCCUGGAGGUGCUAGACAAGGAGAUCAAGCACAGGAAGGAUAAGCUUCAGGAGGCUCAUCAGCUGCAACAAUUUAAAGCAAACCAGCGCCUUUUAAUGGAUUGGAUAGUCAAACAAAGCAAUGGGCUAGCCGAGAAAGAGUUUCCUCGAACUCGAGCUGAAGCCAACCGUCUCCUUGUGGAGCAUCAGGACUGUAAGAAAGAGAUGGAUACCCGGGCUGAGCGCUUCACUUCUGUCCAAGACUAUGGGCUCAGUUUGAUCCGGUCCCACCACAGUUGUCAGGCAGAAAUUCAAAAGGCUCUGGAACAGUUGGACAACGCCAAAGAUGGAAUGGAUCGAGCCUGGCAGAACCACAGUACAAGGCUGGAGCAGGAGUGCACCAAGCUGGUUUUCCUGGCCUACGUGGAGCAGUGUGAUACUUGGAUCAGUAACAAGGAAGCUGUCCUGGUCCAUCAGGAUCUUGGGAACUCAGUGGCCGAGGUGGAGAUCCUGCAGAGGAAGCAGCUCCAGUUUGAAGAAGCUAUAGAUGCUCAGCUAGACCAAGUGGCUCAAGUGGAGCAAUUGGCCCAUGAUAUGAUCCAGGAGAACCACUUUGACUCAGACAACAUUAGAACAAAAAGCAAAGCACUGGUUGCUAGGUGGAAUCAACUCCAGAAGCAGACCAGGUCUCGUCAUGAAGCUCUGGAAAGAUCCUUGCAACUAAAGAAGUUUUUGUCCAAUAGCUACCAGUUGUGCGCAUGGCUGAGUGAACGCAAUGCUUUGGCGUCUGAUGACAUAUGGAGAGAACCAAGCAACCUUCAGGCCAAAGUGUUGAAACAUCAAAGUUUCCAGGCGGAAAUCCUGGCUAACCGUUACCGCAUAGACGCUAUCACAGAGGAAGCAGAAAAACUGCUGCCUUAUAGUGGCACUGUUGAGGCCAAGGUGAGAACUCAACUAAAUGAGGCAACCGAGGCCUGGGCAAAUUUGGUGAGUAACUGUGAGAAGAAGAGGAACCGACUACAGGAGGCCUACCAGGCGCUGCAGCUCCAGCGCUCCCUGGAUGACCUAGAUGAGGUGGUGGACUCAGUGGAGAGGGACGUGUCCAACAAUGUAUGCGGAACUGAUCUGCCAUCAAUCAACAGGCUCCUAAAGACACAGCAGGACCUUGAAGACCACGUGGACAGUAUCUGUCCGAGACUGCAGACUCUGGUGGAGACAAUGGAAAACCUUCAGUUGCAGGGAAACUUUCGGGCUGAAGAGCUUCAGAAACGAGUGGCCAACACAGUCCACAGGUACAACAGCCUGCCAGAACAACUUCAUAGUCGCCGAGAGGGACUGGAGGCUUGGCAGCUCCUGUUCCAUUUCAGCCGGGACCAGGACGAGGAGCUGGACUGGCUCAGGCAGCGAAUGACCACAGUCACCUCUUCCGAAUGUGGAAGCUCGCUACCUGACAGCCAGAAGCUGCUUCACAAGCACCAGGUGCUGCUGCAGGAGAUUUCCAGUCGCGAACCAUUGGUUCAAGCUGUUCUGGAGGCGGGGCAUAGCUUGGUCAGAGGUCGCCACUUUGCAUCACGUGACAUCCUGGAGCGUGUGAACCAGCUCAAGCAUCUCUAUGGGGACGUAAAGAUGGAGGCGGAGACAAAAAGCAAACUCCUUCAGGAGGCGAUCAGAAUCCACAUCUUUCUGGCUGAGGUGCGCGAGCUGCAGCUAUGGCUGGAGGAGCAGCAGGGGGCAUUUGAGAAUAUUGAGAUCAUUUCCAGCGAGGAGGCGACGGAGGCUUUGUUGAGACGUUUGGAUGUCAUGGACCUGAAGAUAAAAAACCGGAAGACCAUUUUGGACCAGCUGUAUGACAGAGGACAAACUCUACAGCGGCUGCAGCAUCCCCACAGCCAAAUGGUCAGCGAGUGUCUUUUGAUCGUGUCGGAUCUCUUUGAGACAAUCAAGCAUCUUAGUGUGUCGCGUCGGUCUGUCCUGGAGGAGAACUUGCAUGUGUUUAUGUUCCAACGUGAAGCCAAAGAACUCCAAACAUGGCUGGAGUCCAGGAAAGCAGCAGUGGACUUGCAGGACUACGGUCAAGACCUGGAAGACAUAGAGGUUCUUCAGAAGAAGUUGGAUGUUGUGCUGUCAGAGGUCUCUGGUGUGGGUGAAAGUCGGCUGGCCUCGAUACGGAAACUCAGUGGAGGCCUGAAGCAGGACAGUCGGACCCACAGAGGGGACCAAGAGCUCAGUCGACUCUGGCACGACUUGGAUGACGCUAUCAGAACCAGACAACAGAACCUGCAGUCAGCCAGGAAGAUUCAUCAGUUCCAUCACGACAUGGAUGAAGUCAAAAGCUUGAUGGCUGAGAAGGAGGCAGCUUUGGACUUGGACGAGCUGAAACAGGACCUCCAUGCCAUCCAGACCCGUCUACAGCAGCACGAGACUCUGGAGCGAGACCUUGUAAUAAUCUCAGCUGAAGUGAGCCGCUUGAAGGAAGCAAGAAGAGUUCUGAAAGGCAGUUUUCCUGGUUCUGGCAUGCCUGUGAUUCGCAGGCUCGAUGAUCUUCACUCUAGCUGGGCAGCCCUCCAAGACAAGGCCAGGCGCCGCCGCGCUCGACUGGAUCAGGCCAAGGAUGCGCACAAAUUCUUUAUCCGGGUGCGGUGGUCUGAGCUGCAGGCAGCCCUAAAAGCUAGCUUGGUGGUGCCAGGCAGAGAGGGUUGCGAAGCAGACUACAACCUGAGGAGGCACAAAGAGUACCGAGUCCAGAUAGAGAGACACGCCCAGAAGGCUCAGGAUGUCAAGCGUGAUGGCAGGCGCCUCCUGCAGGAUGGAAACUUUAUGGCCAUUGAAGUGGAGGAGCGUGUACAUGAGCUGGAGGACCUUGAACGUUUGGUGUUUAAGACCUGGGAUGAGACGCACCAUGUGUACGAGAAGGACCUGGAGCUAAAGCUUCUCCAGAAGGAGCUAGACCAGGCUGAACGCUGGCUCAGCUCCUAUGAGGACUGCCUGACCAGCGCUCAUUAUGGCGAUUCUGUGUCAGACGUGGUUGACCUCCUGAAGCAACAGGAGGAUCUGGAAGCUAUGUUCACACUGCAGAGUGAACUCUUUGACGCCCUCCAAAACAAGACCACUCAGAGAGAAAGGAAGCUCCGUCUGCGUGGGAAUGAGGAUAAGGAGCUUGAAGAGAGAAGGCCACUGGCCAAAGUUUUAUCUCAAAGGAAGGUGCCUGAUCUAAAAAACCCAGAGAUCUACUCCUCUUCCCCAGUCAGCGAGAACAGCACCUAUUGUAGCACCUUCUCCAAUCUGACUUUUAGAUUAGACGAGGAAGAAUUAUCAGAUAUAAGACCUCUUACCCUAAUUUCAUCCAUCCGAAAGACUGAUCCCAAAUCUUCAUCGAUCUCAUCCUCCUCUCAAGUCAGUGAGUCUCAGAGAUCUGACCAGGAGGAGAACCUUAAGAAAAGCCCAUCCACCAGAUUUUUAUCCCUUAGGAGGGCAACUGUUUUAAUACCUUCAGAUAUCUCAUCCUCCUCUCAAAUCAUUAAGACCAGCACUUACUUCAGUUCUUCUUGCACAUCUGAUCAGAAGGAGGUGGUCGAGGAAUACUCGAGAUCACCAUGUGGAUUGAACCAAGAGGAGCUUCUUGAGAGAGACCCUUCUUUUUCAUCUCUCCAUAAGGUGACUGAUAUAGAUACUUCAGGAGUUUCAUCCUUGUCCCAGGUCAGUGAGACAAGCUCCUUACCCAAAAAUUCCUCCAGUGCGUCAGACAGUUCUGACCAGGAGGAGGAGAUGGAUGAGGAUACAAGCACUUCUGUAUCCCCUUGCAGAGCUUACCAUAAGAAGCUCCUUGAAAUAAGUGCACCUGUUAGAGUUUUGUCAUUCCAGAAGGCCUCUGAAGAAGAAAAGCUGGGAAUCCCCAAGUCUUUUCGAGUCACUGAGACCAGCACCUCCUCCAAAACUACUUCUGAUGAGUUUGGAGCUUCUGACCAGGAAGUGUUUGAGAAGGGCACCAGAACCUCAAGUUCGCCUCUUACAUCUGACCACAAAGGCCUCCCGCACGAAAGAACACUUACCCAAAUAUCAUCCUUCCAGAAUGUUUCUGAUCCCAAAAGUGCCGGAGUCUCCUCACAUGAAGUCAGUGAGACCAGCUUCUCCUUGAUUCAAACACUGAGAUCUGACAAGGAGGAGCCAUCAGACGCAACAAAGCCUACCACAGUUUUAUCUAGCCAGAAGACUUGUGAAGCAAAAGCUCCAUGGAUCUCUUCCUCCUCAAAAGUCAGUAAAAAUGGCACAGUGUCCAAAACAUCCUCCAAUCCACUUUACAGAUCUGACCAAGACGAGCUACUUGAGGGGGACAGCAAAACUCAGGUUUCAGCUGGCAUGUCAGAUCCUAAACGCUACUCCUCUCUUCGUCCCUCAGUUAAGCCUCCUUUGCCUCCCAAGCCAAGGUUGUCUCCUUUAUCCCUUCUACCUGAUUCCCACCUUCAGGAACUAGAAGCAACCGGUCGACAGCAUCCUGAUCUGGUGGAUUCUGCUAAAAUGUUUCCAGAAACAAAAGGUGAUGACAAAGACGAAGAUAUAAAAGAAGCAGAAAAUGAAAAUGAAGAGGCUAAGGCAGCAAGCAGGAUACUGGAGGGAACGCUGGAGAUCAAAGUGAAACGUAGUGGUAGCGAAGGAGUCGGAGCCAAGGGGCGUGACCAUUGGGAGGAGGUGUUUGCAACGCUUAAUGGAGACAAACUCUGUUUGUACGUGGACCAAGAUGCUGCCAAGCAGGGCACCACCAGGUGGCCUCCCGUCAUCUUGAAGGGAGUAAUCUGCAAGGAAAACUCUGUUGCUGCUCAACACAGGGGCAAAGAACACUCAUUCACUGUCAUGCUAGCCGACGAAUCUCAGUUUGUGUUUGCGGCUUCCACUCGGGACCUCCAGCAACUUUGGUUGAGGUCACUUCAGAGUCAAAGCCCACACGGCACAGCUGACUCGGAAUCCUCAGAUGGCUCACACUCUUCGGACCACUCACACCGUGAUAACCUGCAGAGACAAACAUCUUCAGAGAUUCGGGGCCCCCCUAAACCCCCCCACACUUACUACCGUACGCACCGCUACCUGCUGGGCGGCGAGGCGCUCGGCGAAGACGCUGCAGCAGACAGCCAUAUCCAGCCUCCUACGAUGGCCCCUCCCUCACCACCGCCUGCCUUUGCCAAUGGCAACACCAGCAAAACCAAGAUGGCAGCCUUCCGGAAGUUCUUCACCAAAAAGUAG